AUGCUGCACAAUGAUUUCCCGUUCCCCAUUUCCCAUUCCCCGUUCCCCAUUCCCCAUUCCCCGUUCCCCAUUCCCCGUUCCCCAUUCCCCGUUUCCCAUUCCCCGUUCCCCAUUCCCAAUUCCCCGUUCCCCAUUCCCCGUUCCCCACUCCCCGUUCCCCAUUCCCCGUUCCCCAUUCCCCGUUUCCCAUUCCCCGUUCCCCAUUCCCCGUUCCCCAUUCCCCGUUCCCCAUUCCCCGUUCCCCAUUCCCCGUUUCCCAUUCCCCAUUCCCCGUUUCCCAUUCCCCAUUCCCUGUUCCGCAUUCAUCCUUCCCCAUUCCGCCUUCCCCAUUCCGCCUUCCCCAUUCCGCCUUCCCCAUUCCGCCUUCUUCAUUCCGCCUUCUUCAUUCCGCCUUUCCCAUUCCGCCUUCCCCUUCCCCGUUGUGCGAGUUGGUCGUUCGCCUCACGAUGUCAGUGCAACUUGACGUCCGUCACCUUUAGACCUUCCUCCCUCCGCUUGCGACUCUUCUCACCCCGCCUCCUUUCCCCCCUCCUCCACUCCCCCCUUCCCCUUCCCCGUUCCCCGUGUCCCGCCUGCCAGUAUUUCAAGCCGGAGUACGAGCAGGUGGCGCGGCUCUUCAACUCGCCCUCCUCACCCAACUCGGAUUUCAUCUACGUUGCCAAAGUUGACUGCGCCUCCGAUGGCCUGCUGUGCACGCGGUUCGACGUGAACAGCUACCCGUCCAUGUUCUUCGGGCGGCCGAGUGCGUUCAGCAGCGGCGAGCGGCACACGGAUGUGGGCAAGGCGGCUCUGGAGGCAGUGACGCCGCAGGAAAGGACGGCACAGGGCGUACUGGAGUGGAUCAACGUGCGCACUGACAGAAUGUUUGCUCUGCCCAAGAAGGGUGGGGAGGAGGCAACAGUAACAGCAACAGCAACAGCAACAGCAGGGGAGGCAGGGAAGGCGAUCACCACGUCUGGGAGCGGCCAAGAGGACGAGGAGCAACAGCAGCUUGGCCCGCGUGCGAAGCUGCAUGACAUAGAGGAGGCCACUGCUGUCGCCUUCAACUUCAUCUUCACAUCCCUGCCGCUUAAGAAGGCCAUGCGAAACCCCUUGGAGGACUUUGUGCGCCUUAUAGCCCAGCACCACCCCUCGCACAGGUGUCGCAACGGGGCGUCUGUCCUGCUGCGCCUGCUUCCCCUGGCAUGGCCGCUGUCGGCAAUAGGCGAGGAGGAGGAGGGCAAGGGGCAUGGGUCGCGCAAGGACCUGGGGGUGCUGCGGAUCAACAAGACUGCGCUGGCGGGGGCUAAGAUCUGCGGUGCUGACCUGCCGUCCGGCUCCUGGGACCAAUGCAGCAGCAAGAUCAAAGAUCGCAGGGGCUACAGCUGUGGGUUGUGGCUGCUGUUCCACGCACUGUCAGUGCGGGUGUGGCCGGAGCAGGGCGGGUGGUGUGUGAACGCCAUGAGGGACUUUGUGACUGUCUUCUUUGGCUGCAGCAAGUGCCGCGACCACUUCUUGCAGAUGGCCCAGCAGCUACGCAUGGACAAGGUGAAGACAGGCAAGGACGCUGCUCUCUGGGUGUGGCGCGCACACAACGUGGUGAACCAGCGGCUGGAGAGGGAAGAAGCCGAGUCAGGCGGCAAGAGGGGAGACCCAGCACACCCCAAGCGCCAGUGGCCUACUCUCUCCCUCUGCCCACUCUGCGCUGCUGACGACGCCAUGGCAACAGCAGACUCUGAUACGGGUGCUGUUGACCCUGACGCCUCAUGGGACCUUGAAUACGUGCACUCGUUUCUGUAUAAUUUCUACAACGAGCCGGAAGGGAGCGGGGGGAGUGAUGCAGGAGGGGACAUGGAGGGGGGUGGCAGGGGUGGAGGAGGGAAGGCGGAGAUGGUGGAGCGGAGAGGGGGAGGGGGGAUGAUGAUGUGCGGGCUGGUGCUGCUGCUGCUGGUGUGCUUCUGUGGGUGUGCCACGGCCCGACGGUCCCUGCUGCGCUCUCAUCCCUCUCGCCGUCGCAAGUACCCCACUACCCUAGAUGCUCUGCUCUGCUGCCGGCAGUGUGCUAUCGCGUCCUUUUUGUACUUUCUUUGCUUCGUGCUUUUUGGUUUGUCCUUCAUUUGCUUUUCCCAAUCUCAUGCCCCAAUUUGUGCUCACUCUGUCUCGUACUCGUCUCUCUAA